AUGGAUCUUGUGCAAGUGCAGCGCGGAGCUGUGCGCGAGUAAUGCCGACGGCACCACCACUGAGGCGACCGAUGCAGCGAGGUGUGUACUCAAGGUCAUUCAUGUUGUUGUUUCACUUUCAGACCACGCACCACCAGCAGCAGCAGCACCAGCAGUGUGCCUGCCGAGCAUCGCACCCUCUCCCCCGUCACCACCCCUCCCGCCACCUACCGUUAUUCUGUCGCCCCAAGCACCAGCCAGGAGCACCUGAGCACGCCAAACAGCAGGUUGCGGUUCUGUGCCUGCGAGAGUGCGGCCGUCUGCAUCAAGACGGCUGUGCACGAGAGCGGGCUCAUCGAGCCACUGAUGAGCCACCUGCUAAGGGAGCAGUCCCUGGCGAAUCCCCUGAGGCGCCACCUGCUCUACGGCACCACCGAGAACGAGAAGGCGGAGGAGCGGCAGUCACUUUACGAGCCGGGGAGGAUGAGCCGCCGGUCAAGUGCCCUCUUUGAUCGCAUGUUGCGUGGCGACCGCAGCUUCCAGGAACCGGCGCGCUUCGACGGGCUGCCCUUCACCCCUUUCCUGUCCGCCGCCUCUCCCGCGACCAGCAGCAGCGCUAUCACCCCCACCCAAAGCAGCGCCCCCGCUCCUUUCUCCCCGUUGCCGCCAUCCCCACCAUCGUAUGUGCUCGAGGGGAUGCAAUCAGGGGAGUUCGCUAUGGCAGCGGUCAAGCGGUCGACCAUCAGCAGUCUGCCGACCGACGUGAGCGAGAGAGGCGGCCUCCCGCUCGACGGGCUGAGCGCCCCAAAGGUGGACGAGGUGACUCAGCGGCGUCUGCGGCUGGAGCAGCAGCAGAGGAGGUGGGCGAUGGCGUAUGCGACACUGAGCUGAUGGACAAGGGCGUCGAUGCCCACUCACACACCAUCGUCAGCUGCAGCGACAGCCGGGUGGCCGGCCGGCUGCAAUGCGACGAUGUGAGCAUGGCACUCAGAAUUCACUCACCUAAUAUGCGUCGAUAUCCCAUGUGGUUCGCGCUGUGGGUGCAGAUCCCUGCGUACAUUUUAUAUCCCUUGGCCCCUUUUCCCCCACACCAGGCGGAGGCGGAGGUUCAAUUGGACCACAAGUAUCUAUCGUAUUGCUGAUUCAGAGGACGACUUGCCUUGUCGACGAAGCAAGGUGGGCGAGGGGAAGCCACAAGCAGUCAGUGACCAUUUCUUGCCGCACACCACCUCAUUCUGUGUGUAUUUCCCUCUGUUGCACCACUGCAUCAUCGACGGCCACCAGCUCGCGGCGCCCAGCUCGGUGCUGCGCUUCGGCACAGUCGGCCAGGCGGCGGUGUGUUUGAAGAAGGAGAACGCAGAGGGCCUGGGAGGGCCGCAGGGCAGGAUGGCGGUGGUGCACAACGAGGCGCUGAUGCAACACAUGCCCGCCGAGGCGGCGCUCUCACAUCCUGCCAGGGCCGAGUCGUCUGGAGGGGGCACGCUGAGGAUGUGGAGCGUGACGACGCGACCACGCUGAAUAGGCCAGGCGCGAUGAAUCGCCGCGCCGCUGCCGUGUCUGUCCCGUCUUCACCCUUCAAGAUCAGCAAACCCUGAACAAUCUCAAGGAUUUGGACGGGGAAGCAAUCGAGUGGUGAGAGGCGGCGAAAUGGAGUUCCGUGCGUUGACGUACACAUCCACAAGAACACUCGCACAGAUGCUUCGUCCCCACUGUCUGUCUGUCUGUCUGUCGGUGUCUGAAGACAUGAUGGAGGGUAAGGCCACCUUCCAGCGGACAGCCAGGUUCCUCGAUAAGUGCCGCAACCGCGCUGUGGGCAUUCACAACCUCAUGGAGAUGCUCAGUCGUGCCGCCCCUCGGUAAGGAUCUCUGAGUGCUUGGCUGCACCAUGGACGGACGGACGGAUGUGGUUGUUUGCAAUGCAUCAGGGCACGCCGUGGCGCUGGUGCUCGGCUCGGCCAAGAG